AUGAGUCCGGACCCUCACGCUGCUGAUCGCAAGGCUCAGAAGCAGCGUGAAAAAAAGCUGAACGCCGAGAGGCUAAAGUACCAAAAAAAACAAAGCGAAUACUUCCCUCUCACUGACAGUUUCAUCGUCCCCAAGAGUCGUGUUGCUCGUGCUUUGGAUACUUGUGUCAGGUAUUUGCAGACAAAAACCCGCGUCGUAUCUUCUCCCGCUCAUAGUUUCGUUGUUAGCCAUCUCAAGAAUUCAGGGGAACAGCUCAAACUCAGAAGGUCUCGCUCCUUCGAGACUGAGAGCAGAAUCUCGUCUCGCUCCGUUACGUAUCCCGCAUUUGAUCUACCUGCAGUGCCAAAAGCAUCCCCAAAGGAAAGUUCUUUCAGAAGAAAGUUCAGCAGAACGAUGACUGGUGAAUCUGUCAAGAAAGUCAGCAGCAUGGACAGAAAGAGUUGGCAAACCCAGUCCACCUCCGCAGCCAGUGGAGCAAAAACUCGCUGUGUCCGCUCUGUCCGCUCUGCCUCAGUUACGGCGACUGAUAAAGAUCUGGCUGGAGGAGAUACCGCAACACCUCUUGAAGGAGACCUCGAGAAGAUCAAGAUUACUGAGGGCCUGAAAAGAGAGGGAAAGCCUGCUGCUAUCUCUACUGCGCAGCCAAAGGUCGUCAAAUGCCUCAGAUCCCCUGGUGACUAUGUAUUCCUUGAUCUCGAAACCUCGGGAGAGAAGAGCAACGCAAACAGCGACUCCAGUCCCGGUAUUUCCCCCAAGGCCAGGAGUACCGAAGUCGGAUUUGGUGAUGACGAAUCUCGUGAGGACGAAUCUGGCGAAGCUGCAAGCGACCAGGACCCGAGAAGCAUUGUCGAGAAAAGACUCGAAGCAAUCCGCCACAUCGUGAAGAACAUAUUCCAGGGACAGUCGGACGAGGAUACCAAGUCUGGAAAGGCUCCGCAGAAUGCCGAAAAAUGGGACACAAAGAACACGAAAUGCAUCAAGUGCUUCGGAGACUGCCCAGUCUGCGACAAAGCAUGCUGCGUCUUCGACGUUGCUCGCCGCACCGCUGCCAAGGCAGACUCCACCUCUGAACAUGCUGAAGCCGCAAACCAGAUCCUUAAGCUCAUACAGAGACUGGGCAACAGCGUCUUGGAGGCGAGCACUUACUCUCUGUGCACCACGCCCGGAGGCUGCGGACGGUAUGUCUGCGCCGACUGCUGGGGUAUCUGUCCGGUCGAGCUAUGCCGCGAUGUCCAGUGCAAGGACUGCAAGGAAGAUCCCUGGGCUGCGUGCGACUGGCAUGAUUACUGA